AUGUCGCCAGAUCAGCGGCGCCCCUCGUGGGGUCAACACCCUUCUGCUACGUCUGAUGCAUUCGUGCUCGUCGAUUCUGAUUCCCUUGGUGCAGUUGAGGUAACUAUCACAACAUCAGCCUUAACAUCAACAUCAACAUCAGCAGCAAUUCCAACGACAACAACAAUGUCAAUUCCAGCAUCGGCACCGACUUCAACAUCACCUCCCAUCUCAUCCACCCCAACAUCAACUUCAAUAUCAACCCCAGCAUCAACACCAACACCACCCGACUAUGACGACGGCGACGACGGCGACGGCUUCAGCAUAGCAGCAAGCGUUCACACCUUUCCCGCCGAUACGCCAGACUGGAGUAACCUGAACGUCAUCCACAAGAACGUGCUCCCUCCGAGGUCUUCGUUCUCCCUCUACGAUACCCCAGCGGAGGCCCUGACACGUGACCCCGAAAAAUCGAAGCAGCUCUCGCUGUCGGGGACUUGGAAGUUCAGCCUGGCGAAUAGCCCCUUUGACGCUCCGGAGGACUUCCAGAAUCCCAAUUUCGACGUGGGUAAAUGGACGGAUAUCGAAGUGCCGGGGAUGUGGCAGAUGCAAGGGUACGGGAAGGGACCGCACUAUACCAAUGUCAUCUACCCAUUUCCGGUCGACCCACCACACGUCCCGUAUGAUGACAACGAGACGGGAAGUUAUAGCAGGACCUUCACGGUGCCCAAGUCUUUCCAAGACCAUCAGUUGAGGCUCAGAUUCGAGGGAGUGGAUUCUUCGUACCAUGUUUGGGUCAAUGGAAAGCAAGUCGGCUACUCUCAGGGUUCGAGAAACCCGUCGGAGUUCGACAUCACGUCCUGCGUGAACCUCGACGCCGAGAACACCUUGGCUGUACAGGUCUAUCAGUUCUGUGACGGGAGCUACAUUGAGGAUCAGGAUCAAUGGUGGCUCAGCGGAAUCUUCAGAGACGUCAACCUGCUCGCCUUCCCCAAGGUCCACAUCCAAGACUUCCAGGUCCAAACCCUCCUCGACUCCAAAUAUGAAGACGCAACCCUCUCUGUCCGCGUCGAGCUGAGCGCCAACUCAAAUCUCAAACUCGAGCUCCUUGGUGCCUCCGGCCGCACUGUAGCGACCGUCUCGCAGAGGAGCCCACCUCACUCCACUUUCUCAAUCCCAGUCAAGAAUCCCAAGAAAUGGACAGCCGAGACUCCCUACCUGUACCAACUUGUGAUCUCCACCCCCGAAUGCGCAGUUGUGCAACGUGUCGGCUUCCGCUGCUCAGAGCUCAAGAACGGGGUCUUCCUCGUGAACGGCAAGCCCGUCAAGUUCCGCGGCGUGAACAGACAUGAGCACCACCCUGAACACGGGCGGACCGUCCCCUUCGAAUUCAUGAAGCAAGAUCUGCUCCUGAUGAAAUCGCACAACAUCAAUGCAAUCCGAACCUCCCAUCAACCCAACGAUAUCCGGCUCUACGAUCUUGCUGAUGAACUUGGUCUGUGGGUCAUGGACGAAUGUGAUCUCGAAUGCCACGGGUUUGGCGAGAUUGAUGAAAACUCCAUCCCGCUUGAGAAAUUGCACUUGAUCGACGCCUUGACAGACCUGACGAAGUUCGAUUACCGCACCCGCAACCCGGCGCGCUGGACAUCUGACAACCCGGAAUGGGAAGACGCCUACGUCGACCGCGCCCGUCAAGCUGUUAUGCGAGACAAGAACCACGCAUGUGUGAUCAUGUGGUCCCUGGGUAACGAGGCGUUCUAUGGCCGGAAUCACCAGAAGAUGUACGAUUUCAUCAAAGAAUAUGACCCGACCCGCUUGAUUCACUAUGAAGGCGAUUAUAGGGCCGAGACGGCGGAUGUCUAUAGUAGGAUGUAUCCGUCAGUGAAGGACGUUGUGGAAUUUGGAGAGGGCAAGUGGGGGGUAGAGAGCAAAGGGUUGGUGGUGUGCGAGUACGUGCAUGCGAUGGGGAACGGGCCUGGAAAUAUCAAGGAGUACAUGGAGGCUUUCUACCAGUACCCGAGACUCAUGGGUGGUUUUGUGUGGGAGUGGGCGAAUCAUGGCUUGAAAACCAAGAGCAAGGAUGGCGAAACUUACUAUGCCUAUGGCGGCGACUUUGGUGACGAGCCCAAUGACGGCCAUUUCGUGAUGGACGGCGUGCUGUUCUCAGAUCAUACGCCCAAUCCUGGACUCAUCGAGUACGCGAAAGCUAUUCAGCCGGUGCAAGUCGUGGGCGGCAAUAAGGAUAAGGUGACGAUUAUCAACAGAUAUGAUCACGUUGAUUUGUCGCACUUGAAGUGUGAGUGGGUUCUGGUAGCAGAUGGGCUAAGAAAGAUUGGCGAGGAAGUCAAAAUUCCCGAGGACGUUCAACCCGGUUCCACAGCCGAGCUCUCUAUCUCAGGCCUUCCCGACCUCCCCCAUGGCGAAUCCUUCCUAGAGCUGAACUUCACUCUGCACGCCGCAACGAACUGCCUGCCCGCCGGCCACCUCAUCUCCUUCGGCCAAAUCCCACUCACACCCCCACCAUCUCUCGCAACACUCAAAGCAGCCUCCUCCCCCAACGCCCCAAAAUACAAGCAGGUGUCCCCUCAGAAGCUCGAGAUCACCGGACCCAAGAACGUCUCAUGGACCUUCAACAUCGUACACGGCACUCUCACUAGUUGGAAAUCUUCCUCUGGAGUCGAGCUCUUGCAAGGGCCGCCCGUCAUGGACUUCUACCGCGCCCAAACCGACAACGACGCCGGCUGCGACUUCGGGCGCUCGUGGACCCGCGCUCUCUUGCACCAGACCAAACAGCACGUCCGCUCCGUGUCGUGGAAGAACACCGCAGAAGCAGUGGUGGUGACGGUCGACGCGCGCAUCGCGCCGCCGGUGUGGGAAUGGAGCGUCGACGUACGAUUUACGUACACUUUCACGGACUCACACCUCUCCCUCAAAGUCAAGGGCCAGCCGCAGGGUGUCAACCUGCCCAGCACGUUCGCGAGGAUCGGCCUCACGUUCUCGCUGCUCGCAGACAUCGAGUCGGCGGAGUGGUUCGGCCGUGGGCCCGGCGAGUCGUACCGCGACAAGAAGCUCGCGCAGCGGUUCGGCAACUACCGCUCCUCCAUCGACGGGCUGUUUGUGGACUACGAGUUUCCGCAGGAGGGCGGCAACCGGACGGACACGCGAUGGGUGGCAUUCACGGGCCGGUCGGGGGCGGGCCUGAAGGCGUCAUUUGGGGACCUGCCCGAGGCGAGCUUCUCGGCGGGUCACUACACGACGCGGGAUAUCGACGCGGCGCGGCAUCCGUACGAGCUGUACCGGUGCAAGAAGGAUGAGACGAUUGUGCGUCUCGACUGGGCGCAUCAUGGACUCGGGACGGGCAGCUGUGGACCGGCGACGCUACCCGAGUACGAGUUGAAGGUUGGGGGGUUUGAGUACGAGGUUCUGCUGGAGUAG